GCCAAAAUAGCUUCAUCCCCGCACGGGGAUCUUCGCCCAGCCGUGCCAAGAACUGACCCAAACAUGAACAUUCAAAAUGGACGGUCUGAGUUCCGCCGUCAAUAUUAUAUCCAUCAUUGACACGUCUAUCAAAGUGAUAAAAUGGUGCUACGACUAUGCCGACGAGUUCAAGAACGAGAAGGAGGAGCGCAAAAGACUGCUUUCGGCUGUCUCUGGCCUCAAGUUAGUAGCUGAGAAGGUUAGGCAAAUCAUCAAGACACCCAGAGGAGAAAGGCUUGAAGCCUCACGAGAGCUUCAGAACACAACAGAAAAUGGGAAGAAAUCCAUGAAAAACCUUGAGGACAAGCUUUGCAAGAGCGGCAAAGUUGCCAGAAUUCUCUGGCCACUGAAGAAACAAGGUAUUGAGGAUGAUAUACAAGCGAUUGAGAAGUGCACGCAGAUUAUCCACCAGGUACUCCAAAUCGAUAUUGCUGAUAUUUUGCUCGAUGUAAACCUUCAAGCAAAACUCGCGCAACGCAAAGCAGCGAUAGAAAUCCUGCCCCUGGCCGAAGGCGCGGCGUUCGACUCACAGGCUGAGCAGCACAAUCCUGGCUGCUUGAAGAACACACGCGUGGCGCUCCUCGCUCAGAUAGCAGCAUGGAUCGAAGAUGAAAACGCAAAGACCAUCUUCUGGCUGAAUGGCAUGGCUGGGACUGGCAAAUCGACCAUAUCACGCACAGUCGCUGCAUCAGCUCAGAGGAAGGAUAAACUUGGAGCAACCUUCUUCUUCAAACAGGGCGAGACAGAUCGCGGAAGCUUGACCAAGUUCUUCACCACUUUGGCUCGACAUUUGGCUGCCAACCAGCCAGCCAAUGACACCGGUAUCUUUGAGAAAACAUCUCAAGUACAAUUUAAACGCCUGAUCAUCGAUCCACUAGUGGCAAGUGCCAAAAGCCUACCCGACAGUUGUACCAUUGCAAUCGUUAUCGAUGCGCUGGAUGAGUGCGAGAAAGCCGAGGAUAUCAAGCUCCUGAUUGAUUUGCUCUCCCAAACUGCCAUUAUAGAGAAACCCAAGAUCCGUGUUCUAAUUACAAGUCGUCCAGAGCUUCCUGUCCGUCUUGGGUUCUCUGCUAUGCCACAGAACGUUGUUGAGCAGGAUAUCGCCACCUACCUUCGGCAUGAUAUGUCAAAGAUCAGGAAAGAAUGGAAUGCCUCUGUGGCAGAAGACCGGAGGAUAGAUCCUACUUGGCCUGAGAGCAAGGACAUCGGGAUCCUGGCAAAGAGGGCCGCACCUCUGUUUAUCUUUGCAGCUACUAUGUGUCGCUUCCAAUUGCUAAGGCUUCUUGCUCAGAACAAUACGUCAGACACCUCAAGGAUGGGCCUAGUCUAUUCACCUGCUCUCAAUCAACUGAUUGCUGGCGCAUCUGAGACUGAACGAAAGGAUAUCCUACGAAGCCCGUUAUCGACUACAUCUCUGUCGCGAUUUCUCGGAACACCCCGCGAUGAGAUUGAUCUCUUGUUAGACAAUCUCCAUUCUGUUCUCAGCAUCCCUACGACACCCAAUCGCCCUGUACGCAUGCUGCACCUUUCCUUCCGAGACUACCUCCUAGACCGCUCGAACCGUGCUCAGAACCCAUUCUGGAUCAGUGGAAAAGGAAUGUCGCGAUAUCUUACCAAGGUUUGCCUUGCAACUAUGAAAAUUCGUCUGAAGGUCGACAUAUGCGGAGUACGCUCUCCGGAAACCAAGCCAGCCAACAUAACUCGAAAACAAGUAACUACUUGCUUGCCACCGGAACUUGCGGGGCUGAAUGAUGAUAUCAUAUCGAGCCUAGAAGACUUUUUCAAGAACCGCCUCCUUAUGUGGAUGGAAGCCUUGAUCUUGAUGGGUCGGGCAUGGCAGAUCUCGGGUCUUCUGAAAGGCGUUAAAACAGUUCUUCAGAAAAUGCCAAAUGACUCCCUGGUAGGCUUCGUUCCUGAUGCCCUCCGGUUCCUCCAAGCCAACAUCUCGGUAAUAAGUUCAAACCCACUGCAGAUCUACUGUGGAUUAGUAUUCAACCCCGAGAACAGUGUGAUCAGGAAGGCAGUCAUAUCUCAAGUGCCAAAAUGGAUAAAAAGUAAGCCCUCCGUAGCUGCUGAUUGGAAUUCAUGUCUUCAGGUUCUCGAAGGGCACAAAGAACUUGUGAAUGCAGUAGCUUUCAGCCCAGAUUCCAAGCUCCUCAUAUCGACGUCGAACGACAGAUCAAUCCGAGCAUGGCAUUGGGAUACGGGAGAGUGCAUUCACGAGUUCAAAGAUCAGCAGAAUCCCAUCUGUUCAUCUGCGAUGUCGCCAGAUGGCAGAACUGUUGCAACAGCAUCUAACAGUGGCAUCAUUUGCAUCUGGAGCCUGACAACAGGUUCAUGCUUGGCUACUCUCGGUGCCGAGUUUUCCGACACCAUAAGCUCUAUAGCAUUCUCACCUAAUUCAAAAUCUAUAUACACCCUGUCUAGCGAUAUGGGUGUACGAUGCUGGGAUGUAGGGACCAAGAGGUGCACUUAUGAACUGCCCCCGCGCCCAGGGGCUAGAAUAAAGAUGCUUACUUUCUCUCCUAACUCAAAAGCUAUCGCAUCUGGAUCAGACGACAACAGUGUUCGAGUCUGGGAUAUAGUCAAGGGUAUCUCCCUUGCUGAGUCGUUUGGGUUCGGUGAUGGCAUUGAGAGACUUCUCUUCUCGCCUGAUUCGAAGUUCCUGACUUCAGCUUCAAUGGACUGCACCAUGGUAACUUGGAACUGGGCUACGGAUGAGUCUGUUGGAAUCCUGCAAGGUCACUCGGGACUUGUGACUUCGAUGUUGUUCUCGCCUGACUCAUCAGUCUUGGCUUCGUUCUCCGUGGAUCAAACUAUCAGGAUAUGGGAUUGGAAGAAGGGAAUCUCGGGACUAGGAGCUGGAUCACGUAACUUUCGCAUUCUCGGCAUUGGUGAAUCUAUACAAACAAACUUGGGAGAAGCUCCACUCCCUGCGGAAUGGAGCCGGGGCCGCUUUACUGUUGAAAUGCCAUUUUAUCCAGAGCUGUCUUUUGAUGUCAAGACAUGCUGGGUUCAAUACCGUGGGAAGGAUCUUCUCAGAUUGCCUGCUGAAUGUCGGGAUAGUAUUUAUGAGGUACAUGGGUUCACGCUGGCAGUAGGAUGUCAGACAGGAAGGGUCCUGAUCAUUGGGCUUGACAAGGCGGAACUCGAGAACCGUCUCCUGAACGACAGGCCACUUCCUUAA